CCAUGGAUUUCGCCAACGCUAAAAGCAAGAGACCAAACUCCCACAAAACCCAUGCACCUUUCCUUGCUAUUCACACAAGAGGCAAACCAAGAAAUUAUUUAUUGACUUUAAUUUGUCCCCAUGUUUCUGUAUGCUAAAUAUCUUCGUAUCUUUGUCUCCUUUGUUCUGCACAAUCCAACUAUUAUUUGGCCUUUGAUUCUUCCUCACAUUUAUUUGGUUACCCCAAAACCUCAAAAACUUCUCCUCCACCAAUUUCAACGUCAAUAUUAUUAGUGUUGUAACUUUCUCCAAGCCAUUAAACGACAUAUAUUAUUAGUUUGAUGAAUCAUAAACUAGCCUAACCUUUUCCUUUCAAAGCCUCUUCCCACCGCUCAUGUCUCAAUCAAUACCCAAAUCGAUAUGCGCAAACUUUCUCCAAUCUUCUGGUUUUUCACCAAAUAUUUGUGAUAUUUUUUUCCUGGGUUUGACUUCUUUUUUGCUUUUUCAAAAAAAAAUCUUCCAUAACCUUGCUCUCCUUCAAUUUUUUUCACACUUAGUACUAUCAAAAUCUGAACUUUUGUAAAUUCUAAUUAUUUUCCAUCAUUAACUGGGUUUUGUUUACUUCUUCUUCUCUUUGUUCUAAAUGUUUUAUGGCUUUAAUUGAGGUUUUGGUAUUUCUGGUUCCAAUAUGUGUAGCCUUUGUUUUUGGAAUUCUCACUGGAUGGGCUUGGAAACCCAAAUGGGCAAUCAUGGGGAGUGACAAAUUGAGCUGUUUUGUGUCAAAAGCCAUUGACUUAUCUUCUCCUUCAUCACCCUUAGCAUCGGUUAUGUCUCCAUUAAAGGGGUUGAGGUCAAAAGGCAGUGAAGCUUGGACCUUGAAUACUGGGGAGGAUAAGACACAAUCUUCUGCACCACUUAAUGAAUAUGAAGAUUGCAGUAUGUUGCAGCCCAAUGAACAAAAGCCUAAUUUGGUGAACAAGGAGGAUUUAGAACGUUUAUGCCAGCUUGUAGAGAUGAAAGAUGGAGGUCCUCCUUGGAUACAAAUGAUGGAUCGUUCUGCGCCAAAUAUGAGCUACAAAGCAUGGCAAAGAGAUCCCAAGCAUGGUCCUCCACAAUAUCGUAGCAGCACUAUCUUUGAGGAUGCCACACCAGAGUUAGUUAGGGACUUUUUUUGGGAUGAUGAGUUCCGAUCAAAUUGGGAUGACAUGCUUGCAUCUUCUACAACUAUAGAAGAGUGUCCCACCACGGGAACCAUGAUAGUGCAAUGGAUACGGAAGUUUCCCUUUUUCUGCAAAGAUAGAGAGUACAUAAUUGGUCGUCGAAUAUGGGAAUCCGGAAGAUCAUAUUACUGUGUCACAAAGGGAGUACCUUGUCCUUCUGUCCCAAGGCGUGACACGCCGAGGCGUGUUGACCUUUAUUACUCAAGUUGGUGCAUUCGAGCAGUGGAAUCAAAAAGAGGUAAUGGCCAGCUGACUGCUUGUGAGGUGCUUCUCUUCCAUUAUGAAGAUAUGGGCAUCCCAUGGGAACUUGCGAAGCUUGGAAUACGGAAAGGAAUGUGGGGAGCUGUCAAGAAGAUUGAGCCUGGUUUUCGUGCCUACCAAAAAGCAAGAGCAUCAGGUGCACCACUCUCUCGGCCAGCCUUUAUGGCUCAGAUCAACUCUAAAAUAGGUCCAGAGUACCUGAGAUUCUUGGGAGACACUGAAAAUUUGUCAGAGACACAAAUAGCAUCAACAUCUGACAAACCAUCAGGGAGGAACAUACCAAAGCUACUUUUUUUUGGUGGGGCUAUCAUACUUGCUUGUAGUCUUGAUCGGGGACUCUUGACUAAGGCAGUGAUAUUCGGAGUGGCCAGAAGGUUUGGAAAUAUAGGAAAUAGAUUUAAGUAAAGUGCUAGAAUCUAUCCGAGAAUGUGAAAUGGUAACUUAUAUCUUGUAUGAGUUAGCUUUAUUUCAUCCUAUUCGAGAGAGAUACUCUAUCAAUAUUUUAUGUCAUGCAAACUCUUUUAUGGCUUGUUUGGAUUGAGGAGGGAGGAAAGGGGAACAAGGGGAGUGGAGUAGAGUAGAGUAGAGUUAGCUGGAUAUUAGACUAAUUUCCAACUAACUCUACUCUACUCUACUCCCCUCAAUUCAAACAGGCCAUUAGGAAGGAUGAAAGGUUAUUGCUUUUCUUUAUAUUUAUUUGGUACAUUGUGCCUGCUACAGUCUCAUCUAGAAUACAAACACAUUGUAUCGCCGUAAAUACUUAAAGCAGAAAUUUUGUAUUAGAGGAUGCCAAAGUGCAACUAGUUCAGGGUUUA